AUGGUGAAGCUGCUCUGCGCGGUGGUUGGAGUCGGGAGCGUCUUCCCUGUGGACAUUGAGCUCAGCGAGACGGUCGAUGAUCUGAAGACGAAGAUCAAGGAGGAGAAUCCCGGUUUGAUCUACUUUGAUGCAGAUCUGCUGAAGCUGUAUCUCGCGCGGGAGGGUGACACUUGGCUAAACUCGCGAGACGCAGACAUUAAGGCGGUUAAGGCGAAAAAACUUCCAGACCGAAUCAAAAACCUCAUGCAAGAGCACUUGCUACUGGACGAGACGUGCAGACUCAACAAUGAUGAAUACUUCGGUGACAACCUCGAGCAAGUAGACAGAGACAUUCAUGUGCUGGUGGACUGUCCGGAUGAGCCGGAUCAGGGCAUCAAGUACAAGCGUAAGUGCGUUAUUCUCCCCCACAACUACUGUAACAUGAUUUUGAUGCAGCACUACUUGAUGAUGUCAGGUCAGGAUGGAUUCGAUGGUACUUUGAUGGAGGAUUGGUUAUCAUGGCACUUGCCGUGGUCUUCUCUGCAGUCGCUGUUUACUGUGGAAAAGGAGAAACGUGCGUAA